AAAACCUAAAGUACCGAAGUAUCCUUCAGAUCCUAGGGAAUCUGCACUGCAAGUGCCUGGAUAUCUGCCGCCUCUCAUCAGCAAAAAUGGCCCAGGAUAUCGUUAUUAAGCAGGACAAGCCCUCUAAGACGUACACAACAACAACAAAUCAAAAUUUUGGUAGUAAACAAGGCUUGAAUAUUGAAAAGACAAUCGUAACAACCACAAAUACUCAAUACUCAAAACCACGGACGGCCAUAGACAAGGUAGUGACUACGAACACUAAGACGACGACGUACUCUAGACCAAUAGCGAUUGAAAAGGUGACGUUUACAAAUAUUUCUUCACCAUCACAAGGUCAAAAACUCAGUAAGAUUUCUACUACAACUACCUACACAAAACCAGAGACUAAAGAAAAGAUCAGCACUACUUCCUAUAGUAAGCCUCAAACUGCUGAGAAAUUAAUAACCAAUAACGUUAGUAGCUACGUUUCGCCUAAGGGUUUCGAAAACACAGUAAAUAAUGAGAGAGGAAAAGUAAAAAUAGUUAGUACGGACUACCAAAAUAAAAGACCUGAACAGAAAGUAACGACAGUGACGACAGGCAAAACUACCAGUUACCAGCAGCAAACUGCGAGCCCACGUCCCACUUCUUCUCCCUUCCAAGCACAAAAAGCUAAUAAUUACUGCUCGUGUCCCGCAGAUACUAUUCAAUCAACUAAAUCUUCAAGUUCUUCAACCACCUAUACCGCCCCUUCUUCUAAAGGCUUUGCUACAUCACCGCAAAGUUUGCCUAAUUUAGUGAGUCAUUUCCAACAAGAGUUCAUAACAUCCAGCGGCUUUAGUGGCCAUGUUAACUUCCCAGCACUAUCACAACAAAUUCCGGUUGUGCCCCAAGUACCUGGUCACCCAGCUUUCUAUCCACCUGAUAAAAUCCCCAAUGGAGCGACAGUUGCCUUUUUGCCAAUUAUCAUAUUGCCUGAGGUAGCAUACGGUAAAUGUAAUGAUAAUGCGAACAAGUCAACGAGUGAACAUAUUCACACGGUGGGAGUACAACCCGCUCCCAUACCCAUUAACUUCAGUCUGAAUUCUAUUUUUUCAAAUGGUUCUAAUAAAAGCCAGUGCAUGUGUCCUUGUUCAUGCACGCAAAAUAUUCCGGAACAUCAACCCAAGAAACGUGAAACUAACCUCGCCACUACAGUUAAGAACAUGAGAAAAAAUCGAGCAGUUGAUAAUGACGAAAUUGAACAAACGAGCCAACCGGACUCGAAGAGCGUAGCUAACGAAAGCUCCUAUGUUUCGAUUGACGAUAUUAAGCAAAUUUGAACAUCGUUCAAGAUAUUCGUUCAAAAAUUUUGAUAACUCCAUCCGCACUCCUCGUCCCACCCACAAAAAGUGAUUUUCUCGUGUUCCCGUUUCUGCUCCUGCUACAGAUUGCGAAUCUUUCUUCCCAAAGAGCUCUCGUACUAACUUAAACUAUUUAACUGUGCACUUAAAAUGCGCCCGCUUUCCAAAUCUACCGCUACCGCUUUUAUUCUUAUAUUGUUUAACCUUAAUUUUCUUAUCUU